ACCGCUCCUCUCCGGGCCAUCAUACAGUAGUGAACAUGGCAUCCGUCAGUAAGUACUUGACAGCGAAGAAUUCCACUAUAGCUGGCGGUGUCCUACUCGUUUUAUACUUCCUAAAGCAAAGACGAAUAGCUGCCCGGUUGAACAGGAAGAAGGGUUCUUCGGAAGAUCUGAACAGUGAGAAAGAUGGCAAGAAAGAGAGAGCUGCCGUGGACAGUUUUUUUAUGCGAAUCUCACGGAUUCUCAGGGUCAUGGUGCCGGGAUUUUUCAGUAAAGAGACAUGGUACCUGGUCUUGAUCGCGGUGAUGCUUGUGGCCAGGACCUACUGUGACGUUUGGAUGAUACAGAACGGCACUAUGAUCGAAAGUGCAAUUAUUGGUCGGUCAACUACAGGUUUCAAGAAGUACUUAAUCAACUUUAUCACGGCCAUGCCCAUUAUCGCCCUGGUGAACAACUUCCUGAAGUUGGGCCUGUACGAACUGAAGCUGUGCUUUCGUGUGAGACUCACCAAACAUCUUUACGAUGAGUACCUCAAGGGAUAUACAUACUACAAAAUGGGAAACCUGGAUAACCGCAUCGCUAAUGCUGAUCAGCUGCUGACACAGGAUGUGGAAAAGUUCUGUAAUAGUGUGGUGGAUCUUUACUCCAAUCUCAGCAAGCCGCUGUUGGAUAUCGGAUUGUACAUUUUCAAACUGACAACAGCGAUCGGAGCUCAGGGUCCCACAACGAUGAUGGCCUACCUGCUGAUCUCCGGCCUUUUCCUGACCCGUCUGCGCAGGCCAAUCGGAAAGAUGACAGUGACCGAACAGAAGUAUGAAGGAGAAUACCGAUACGUCAACUCUCGUCUUAUAACAAACAGUGAAGAGAUUGCCUUCUACAAUGGAAAUGUCAGGGAGAAACAGACAAUUCACUCAACCUUCAAGAAGUUGGUCGAUCAUCUGCACAAUUUCAUCUUCUUCCGUUUCUCCAUGGGCAUGGUGGACAGCAUCAUUGCCAAGUAUUUUGCGACUGUUGUGGGUUAUUUGGUCGUCAGUCGUCCUUUUCUUGAUUUGUCUCACCCUCGACAUUUGAACAGUUCACAUGCUGAAUUACUGGAGGACUACUAUCAGAGCGGUCGCAUGCUGCUGCGUAUGUCGCAGGCGUUGGGCAGAAUUGUACUUGCAGGCAGAGAAAUGACACGUCUCUCAGGAUUCACUGCUCGUAUCACUGAGCUUAUGAAGGUCCUGAAAGAGCUGAAUUCUGGUAAAUACGAGCGUACCAUGGUGCAUCAAUCAGAGAAAGACGGUUCAGAAAAGCUCACGUUGAUACCAGGGAGUGGAAAAAUCAUCAAUGUCGACAACAUUAUCAAGUUUGACCACACACCACUGGCUACACCUAAUGGAGAUAUUCUGAUCAGAGACAUGUGUUUCGAGGUGAAAUCGGGAUCAAAUGUUUUGGUGUGUGGCCCCAAUGGGUGUGGAAAGAGUUCCCUUUUUAGAGUUCUUGGGGAGUUGUGGCCGUUGUUUGGUGGCAGUUUGACGAAACCAGAGAGGGGGAAGCUCUUUUACGUGCCUCAGAGGCCUUACAUGACUAUUGGUUCGCUGAGGGAUCAAGUGAUCUACCCAGAUACCAAUGAGGAUCAAAAGAAGAAGGGGAUCUCUGACCAGGUGUUGAAGGAAUACCUGGAUAAUGUCCAGUUAGGACACAUCUUGGAGAGAGAGGGCUCCUGGGACAUAGUUCAAGAUUGGAUGGACGUGCUCAGUGGAGGAGAAAAGCAGAGAAUGGCGAUGGCUCGGCUCUUCUACCAUAAGCCCCAGUUUGCCAUUCUGGAUGAGUGCACCAGUGCCGUGAGUGUGGACGUGGAGGAUUUCAUCUACAGUCACUGCAGAACGGUUGGAAUCACUCUGUUCACCGUCUCUCACAGAAAGUCCCUGUGGAAACAUCAUGUGUACUACCUCCAUAUGGACGGCAGAGGAAACUACGAAUUCAAACCUAUCACCCCGGAAACUGUGGAGUUUGGCUCUUAGAGAGGAGCGACAAUACCACGUACAAACACACAGCCCCAGCAAGGGGCCCUAGCUAUUCAACGCCAGUCAACCUAAUGUAGGAGAUUAUUUUUAAUCAACUGUAACCUUUUUGGGAUAGAAAUGUGUUUAAAGAUUUGUUAACACUACUUUUGUCCUCGACGAUUGUAUAUAAUUUGUAAUUUAUGCAGUCCAAUUUAUGGGACAUCCGUUAAGUGUGUGUAUGGGUGUAUACCAAGGAAAUAUGUGUCAUGUUUGUGCACUUAAUUGCUUAAUUAAUGAAAUGAGGAGAAUUAGGCAUACAAAUUAAUGUCACUGGAAUUUAGAAACUCAAAAAGAACCAAUAUUGCCUUUUUCUCAUCAAUUAACCUUUCAUUAUGGAUACUUAAAGCUACUAAGUGACUGUAGUGCUCUCUGCAGCAUGGUUGGUCUGGAUGUGUGCAAGUUGUUUUUUGGUGCACUUUAACUGGUAUGGUGAUUUGAAAACCAGGAAGCCUUGUACUACCAUUCAAUGUCUGUAAUCGACUAAAGGUUGCAUAUGCACUUGUUUACGCCAAGAUGAUGCCAACAUCAUUGUUGGCAUUACUUGAUGUGGAAGGAAUUUGUGUCUGCAGAAAUGUUGUUGUGCGUAAGAACUGUAUGAAAUGUCACUGUCGUAACACGUCACAGAUAAAGCAAAUGGAAAUUCACCACUGUGCGUUUGCUGUACGUUUUCAUUAAAAAAAGUAGAAA